GGGAGGUGUAAAGUGUGGAGGUACCUUUGGACUGAACUAUUUCUUUAGCUCUGGUUCCAUGUGACCCAGGGGCUUCCUAUAGUAUUUCUUUAGUUUAACUGUGUCAGGCUGCUGCACCGCGGGCUGAGAACGUCCCUAAAUCGUGCUGUGAGGCGGCAACUAUGAGGAAUCAAUUUCUACACGCCGUAGUAGCUGUGUGUCCUCCCAACCAGGGCAUUGGCAAAGGGGGAUCCCUGCCGUGGCCUCUCCUCAGGAAUGAAUUCAAACAUUUCCAGCGACUCACCAUGACACCCACAGUUGAAGGUAAGAAGAAUGUAGUAAUAAUGGGCAGAAAAACAUGGUUUUCUAUCCCAGAGAAGAACAGACCUUUGAAGGAAAGAAUAAAUAUUGUAUUAAGCAAAGAGCUCAAGGAACCACCCACGGGGGCUCACUAUCUUUCAAAGAGUUUGACUGAAGCUAUAGAUCUGCUGGAAGAUCCUGAAUUAAAAGAUAAAGUAGACCUUGUUUGGAUUAUUGGUGGCAGUUCGCUCUACCAGGAGUUAAUGGAAAAGCCAAUUAAUCAAAGGUGGUUUGUAACCAGAAUUUUGCAGGAAUUUGAGUGUGAUACAUAUUUACCAGAAAUUAACUUGAAUUCUUUCCAACUACUUCCUCAAUACCCUGGAAUAUCCCCAGAACUACAAGAAGAAAAUGGUGUUCAGUAUAAAUUUGAGGUGUACGAAAAAAUUGUAUGAAAACCAGACCGAUUCCCAGUGUUCUUACACAAUAAAUAUUUUGUAUUGA